AUGAGUGUCUACACUCUACACUCACCUCUCAACAGCCUCGAUGGCUUGAGCACGCCGCACAUCAUGGUUGGCGUGGCCCUUGUGCUGGUGCUAGGCGUGGUCGCUACUACCGUGGUGCUUUCUUUGCAAAAGUCCAAGUUGGACUGGAAUAAAGGGUUUCUAUCUUAUAUCCAAUUCGCCUAUUCUUGCUUUAUCAAGCCGCAUGAGCGGGAUCGCGAGGGUGAAGCCGGCCAGCAACAUGCGCUGGAGAGCUUCUACCGUGCUCAAGCUUCCGUGUACGAUGCUACUCGCAAGAAGCUUCUCUGCGGCCGUGAGGAUAUGCUUGCAUUGUUGGCUGCGCAGUUGAAAUACCGCCAAUCACAGCAUCAGGUGUCUAAGCCGGUUUGGGUUGAUAUUGGUGGAGGUACCGGCAGCUACAACAUCGAAGCUAUGAACGCCUUCCUUCCCGUCGACAAAUUCUUCUCGCAUGUCUACCUGGUCGAUCUCUCGCCGUCCCUGCUAGAAGUCGCCCGCCAGCGAUUCGAGCGUCUCGGUUGGAAGAAUGUAUCUGUCAUUUGCCGCGAUGCCCGAGAGUUCCGCCUACCAGGGGAAAAUGGCGCUGCAAAUGGCGGUGCUGAUAUCGUUACAAUGAGCUACAGCUUGUCAAUGAUUCCAGACUACUACAGUGUCGUUGAUUCGUUGAACAGUCUGAUGAAGUCCGAUGCUCUCCUUGGCGUUGUUGACUUUUAUGUCCAAAACAUUGUCGAUGUUUCUUGCCGCAACUACACCGGUGGUGUGUUCAACCGCCAUGUCAACUGGAUUGGUCGGGCCUUCUGGCGUGCAUGGUUCGACUUUGACCGUGUCAACUUGGACGCUGCUCGCAGAGACUACUUGGAAUACAAGUUUGGAACUAUCAUUUCGGCUAGUGAGCGAAACUACCUUCUCGGUGGUAUCCCGUACUAUAUCUUCCUGGGUUGCCAAAAGGAUUUCACUUCUGGAAGAUCUAGCAUCGAGAUGCUCAAUGCUUCGUGGACAGAAUCUCCAUACCUAUCUGCCGCCAAACACCGACGAGAGAUGAGCGACGCUGUUGAGAAAGCGACUCCUGAGAUCAAGUCCAAGGCAUACGAGUCGGCGGUAGUCAAUCUCAGCACCAACCUUCCUCUUCCGUCUGCGUUCUAUCAGAACCACCACCAUCGCAUUUACUAUAACGAUCAGCUUACUAAGCACACCCAGUUCAAGGAUGAGUAUAUCUAUGCUUUCAACUGGGAAGAUCCUCGCGUUGAUCAUCGUUUGUUGAACAUCAACAGUGAAGAUGUUAUUUUGACUAUUACAAGUGCUGGUGAUAACAUUUUGGAUUACCUCCAAAAGAGCCCCAAGCGCAUUCAUGCUGUUGAUAUGAACCCUAACCAGAAUCACUUGCUGGAACUUAAAGUCGCUUCUUUCAGAGCUCUUGGGUACAAGGAUGUAUGGAAGAUUUUCGGAGAAGGCAAACAUCCCGAGUUCCGUGAACUUCUUCUUACCAAGUUGAGUCCGCACUUGUCUAGCCAGGCGUUCCAGUACUGGCUCGAGCAAACCGACGUUUUCACUUCUAAGUCAAACAGAGGUCUGUACGAGACUGGUGGAUCCCGCGUUGCCAUUAAGCUGGUCAGGUACCUAUUCACAGUGUUUGGUCUCCGCGAGGUCAACAAUAGAUUGUGCGAGGCCCAUACCUUGAACGAGCAGCGCGAAAUCUGGCCUACUAUCCGCCGGGUGCUGAUUAGCAGGAUACUCAACUGGGCCAUUGUCAAGACCGAAUGGUUUGCCUGGAAAGCCGCUGGUGUCCCACCUCCUCAGCGUAACAUGAUUAUUGAUGACUACUUGAAGCGCAAGGGGUUGAGCGGUGGAAUCAAGAAAAAUUCGGAUGUUAGCGGACGUGCAAUUUGGGAAUACGUCGUCGACACAUUCGACCCUGUGGCCAAGGAUACAUUGAUCAGCAACGACAAUUAUUUCUACUACCUUUGUCUCCAGGGCAAAUUUUCUCGACAAUGCCAUCCCACAUACUUGACUCCUAAAGCACACGACAAGCUCUCAACUCCUGGCGCAUUCGACGGUCUUCGUAUUCACACUGACGGCCUCAACGAAGUCAUUGCACGCAUCACACCCCGUACACUAACCAUUGCAGUGGUAAUGGACUCAAUGGACUGGUUCAACCCAGACGAAGACGCCGCCGCCAAACAAGCCCAAGCAUUGAACCGUGCUUUGAAGAUGGGAGGCCGAGUAUUAUUGCGAUCCGCUAGCAUUGAGCCAUGGUACAUCAAGGAUUUCGAAGCCAACGGAUUCACACCUCGUCGCGUCGGAGCGCGAUUCCCGGGGACAUGCAUUGACCGAGUAAACAUGUACGCCUCCGCGUGGAUCAUAACCAAAACCUCCGAUGUCGACGGCAACAACCCCCGACGCCCAGAACUCAGCGAGCGAUCAAGAUCAAGUAGUGCUGAUAUGGAGACUCUGACCCUUUAA